AUGAGUAUGGAGAAUGUACCAUACCUAUGCGGAAUAAUGUCUCCGUUUGGUAUGGGAUAUCUCGCACAAGUGCAGUCGCUGCAUCGGGUCUGUGAUGUGAGCAACAACCAAUCAUACAACAUAUCACAGCCGAUACAACUACCGCUCCUUGAGGAGUUUCCAGGUAAUCCAGGACCAAUCAAGAGACGGAAGAAGGAAUUCCAUUGGAUCAGAUCACAUAGAUCGAUUAGUGGAUCAAUAGGAGGGGCAAACUUCUUAGCGUAA